AUGGCUCUACCGAUUCAAUUCUCUAACCAGUCUACAAAGGAGACGGGUCUCCAAGUCUUUGUCAUGAUUGAUGGAGGCAGGAGUCCAGGAGGGAAGUUCCCACGAUUGCGUGUCUUAAGUAGCUUAAUUAGUGGCGACAGAAUCUCUCCAAAUGUGAGCAAGGAAUUAAUCCUGGCGGUUAUUAUCUUUACUGUUGGUGUAAUCCUGGGUUUCGGUGGCAUCUCCAGCCUCUUCAGCAGUUCCUAUGUUACCACCGCCUUUCUAGUCUCCAUCGUGGUACUCACCGGAGAUGCCAUCUUCUUCAACUCCGGACUAUAUCCCCUGGGAGAUUGUGAACGACUUAUCGCCUUGACAGCUUGCCAACGAGUUCGAAACAGCACAACACCAGCUCUCUCAUUUCGAUCACUUCCCGCCAUCUUUCAUGCCUUAAAAGAGUUUGAUGACUACUUGGUACUUCUCCUGCUUGAUCAGUCGUUUUGGCAGGGUGUAUUAAGCUCCGAACCUGAAACUAGUGGAUUUAACUUGGUAGCCAGUGGACUUUUCUUCUUCCCUGUGGGUGCUGUCUUCGGCACAGCCUGUGGACUGGGCUACCUUGCUCUCAAUAUGAGUUAUGGACAGGCUUCUUGUUAUGACCUUCAAAAAUUUUUCCUUCAAGGUCUGAUAGUCUAUGCUGUGCUGGAGUUCCUCUUUGGUCGAUUCGGGUCCGUGCUAUUCAAUACCGUCAUAAUCUGUACAGUGACAACUUGCAUCUGCUCAGAAGUAAUGGCUAUCAGUAGUAUCUUUGUCGUCGAUGUCUACAUGACCUAUAUUCGGAACCACUUGUUGGCGAGAUUGUUUGCAGCCACGACCAUUGUUAUGGUGGGCUGCGGGAACCACCAUGGCUUCUGGCGUUACGGAGACAGACGUAACGUAUAUCCAUCAUCCAAGCAAUCAAAAGUCCUAUUAAUGAGCAAUGGAGCUGCCCGUCACUGCAGUGAAAGACAUUGGCCAGUUCAGCUGUCGUGA